AUUUAUACAAAAAAAAUGAACUAAAUAAAAAAAAUAAAAGUUGAAAAUCCUAUAGUAGAACUAGAUAGCGAAUAAAUGAGUUAAUCAGUUUGGAACAUAAUUAAAAAACGUUUAAUAUUUCCAUUUUUAGACGUCCCAAUAAAAUAUUACGAUCUCAGUAUCGCCUAACGUGAUAAAACAAACAAUAAAAUAACUACUGAUGCUGCUUUAAGUAUAGUUUAACAUAAAGUAGGUAUAAAAUGUCCAUCAUUAGGCGCUGAUAUAUAAAUGGCUCGAGAAUUUGAAAGAAUAAAAGGCUGGGAUUGCCCUAAUGUAACAAUAGGAAAUAUAUUAAACGGCACAUUAUUUGCACAACCAAUAUUAAUAAAAAACAUAAAAAAAGUAAUACCUAAUUGGAAAAAUCCAAUAAUAGUUGCAAGAUAAGUAUUUCAAGAUUUUAUAAGUUUCGACGAAAAAUAAGUUUAAAAUCUCGAAUUAAAAUUCACAAACGAAAAAUCUUUAAAAAUUCAAGAUUUUUCAUCCACAAAAGGCAGUAUAUUGGGUUUUAUUAUGUACAACACUGAAGAAUAUAUGAUCCAAUUUGCCAAAGACUGUUUUGAAUAUGCCCUAGAGAUAAAGUUUCCACUCUAUUUUAGCACAAGGGCAGACUUAUAUGCUGAAUAUGAUGAAAAACUUGUCCAAAUAUUCCAAAACAUGUACCAAUAAACCUACAAAACGCUUUUUUUUAAAAAAAAUAUAAUCUACGAACACAAAAACAAUCAAGAUAUGUUAAUUUUUGCCCUUAAAUCUUAAGGAGGAUUUGUAUGGGCUUGCAAAAGAUACGAUGGCGAAAUUCACUCAUAAUUAGUCUCUUAAGGAUUUGGGAAUUCUGGCUUAACGACAAAUUUACUAUUUGCAUAAUAAGAAAAGGCUUUAUAUGUAGUUUCGAGUUAUUUUAGAUAAUAAUUUUAGUAAGGAAAAGAAAUCUAUACAAAUGCUAUAGCAUGUAUUUUUGUAUGGAUUUAAGGAUUAUUAUAUAGGGGAAAAUUAGAUGGAAAUUAAUAAUUGAUUUCGUUUUGUUAGUUGCUGUAAAAAAGCGUGAUCUUAUGUAGCGAAAAUGAAGCUUUUGGGAAAGAAUUGAUUGAAGAAAAAGAAAAGUUUGAGGUUUUAGAAAAAUUAAUUGAAAGUGUUUAAAAAAAUAUGAUAAAUAAUUUAUAUCCUAAAGCUAAGUUAUGAAUAUUUUUAUAAAAAUGUAUAAAGUUUUUUUUAAUUUGUUUUUUAUAUUAAUUUUCCUUAAUAAAAAAUAUAUAUAUAUAAGGAAAAAACAUUUUAUACAUAUGUAUAUAU